AUGAUUUUGGAAGAUAUUAGGCGCAUUGUCGAGUAUCAAAGGUGUGCUGACCACCUCAAAGACGAACAUUGCUUUGAAGCAUUCCGAGGACUCUUUAGAAUUACUUGCCCUGGGAAAGACAAUUGCAUAGAGUUUUUCAAAGUAUAUUGUCAACAAGCCGAAGAAAUGUUUCCAGUACAAUCACCAGAUAAGGAUUUCUGCAAACGCAUACUAAUAUAUGAAGACUGUGCUAAUCUGAAGAAACACAAGUGUGCAGGGCACUUUCACCUAAUUUCUCUCGUGAAUUGUUAUGAAGGACGUAUUGAUUCGGUUAAUUGCCAAGUAAAAUACAAGUCAAAAUGUUAUGAAGCCAAGAAGAAAUACCCAUUAACAUACCCAGAUAAGAACAGCUGCUCGCGCCUUACUGUUCUUGAAAAAUGUGCUGAAACUUCGAAAGAUGAACAUUGCAUCGAAUCAUUUAAAAGGGCCCAUCAAAUUGAAUGCCCUCCGAAAGGUGGCUGCAUAGAGUUAUUCCAAAAAUUGUGUCCCGAAGUCGAAAAAGAUCUUCCGAUACGAUCACCAGAUAAGGAUUACUGCAGACGAAUACUCACAUAUCAAAUAUGUGCUAUGAAUAAGCAACACAAAUGCGAAAUGGACUUCAUGUCCUAUGCUAACAUAGUUUGUGAUGAACAAGCAGACGCGGGUGAUUGCAAAGCAAUGUACCAAUUAACUUGCUAUGUAGCCAAAAGAGACUAUCCACCAAUGCAUCCAGAUAAGUACCACUGCCAGCGCAUAGCCACAUAUCAAAAGUGUGCUGAGAAAUUCGAAGACAAACAUUGCAUCGAAUCGUUUAAAAGAGUUUAUAACAGUACUUGCAUGAAGGCAACAGAGAACUGCAAUAUUAUAUUCAGAACAUUUUGUCCUCAAGCCAUAACAGAUUAUCCUAUACAUAUCGAUAAAUAUUCCUGCAGACGCUUACUCGCAUACGAAAAAUGCGCUAUUUCGUUGAAGCACGAAUGCGCUGAGAUCUUCCACUUAUAUGCUCUCAUCUUUUGUUCAUAUGGACAUGCAGAUGCUAUUAACUGCCAAAUAAUGUACAGAUCAGUGUGCUCUGAAGCCGUCAAUCAAUACCCACUGGUAUAUCCAGAUAAUUUUCGCUGCCAACAAAGACACGCGUAUCAAAAUUGUACAAUGAAGAAAAAUGAGAAGUGUUCAAAAGAGAUUUGACAUGCUUUAUUUUAUCUUUUUUUGCG